AUGGCACUGCCUGCGUGUGCAGCCCGGGCGCUCGGGCCGCCGCUGCAACCGGAGCGAGGAGCGCCCGCCCGCACCACCUGUCCCCGCCGGCAUUCCAGAGUAGAGGCCGAAUUGGCAGCGAGCCGGCCCGGAGCAGUCGCCGCCUCAGUCCGCGCGGGCCCUCCUAGGGGUGUGUCUCGCGGCUUCAACUCCCAGCCGCUCCUGGACGAGCCCCUAAAGGCGUCUUCCUCCCUGGCGGGAGCCGCGCGCACCCCUCUCUUCGCGCUGCUGCCCCGAGGCCGCCGCAGGCGGAUGCACGACCUCAGGAGACGCUGGGACCUGGGCUCCCUCUGCCGGGCCCUGCUCACUCGGGGCCUGGCCGCCCUGGGCCACUCGCUGAAGCACGUGCUCGGUGCGAUCUUCUCCAAGAUUUUCGGCCCCCUAGCCAGCGUCGGGAACAUGGAUGAGAAAUCCAACAAGCUGCUGCUGGCUUUGGUGAUGCUCUUCCUAUUUGCCGUGAUCGUCCUCCAGUACGUGUGCCCCGGCACAGAAUGUCAGCUCCUCCGCCUGCAGGCAUUCAGCUCCCCGAUGCCGGACCCGUACCGCUCGGAGGAUGAGAGCUCCGCCAGGUUCGUGCCCCGUUACAAUUUCAGCCGCCGCGACCUCCUGCGCAAGGUAGACUUCGACAUCAAGGGCGAUGACCUGAUCGUGUUCCUGCACAUUCAGAAGACCGGAGGCACCACUUUCGGCCGCCACCUGGUGCGCAACAUCCAGCUGGAGCAGCCGUGCGAGUGCCGCGUGGGUCAGAAGAAAUGCACUUGCCACCGGCCGGGUAAGCGGGAGACCUGGCUCUUCUCCAGGUUCUCCACGGGCUGGAGCUGCGGGCUGCACGCCGACUGGACCGAGCUCACCAGCUGCGUGCCCGCCGUGGUGGAUGGCAAGCGCGACGCCAGACUGAGACCGUCCAGGUGGAGGAUUUUUCAGAUUCUAGAUGCAGCAAGUAAGGAUAGACGGGGUUCUCCAAACACUAAUCCAGGAGCCAACUCUCCAUCAUCCACAAAGGCCCGGAAUGCAUCUAAGAGUGGGAAGAACUUCCACUACAUCACCAUCCUCCGAGACCCAGUGUCCCGGUACUUGAGUGAGUGGAGGCACGUCCAGAGAGGGGCAACAUGGAAAGCAUCCCUGCACGUCUGUGACGGAAGGCCCCCAACCUCCGAAGAGCUGCCCAGCUGCUACACUGGGGAUGACUGGUCUGGCUGCCCCCUAAAAGAGUUCAUGGACUGUCCCUAUAAUCUAGCCAAUAACCGCCAGGUGCGCAUGCUUUCCGACCUGACCCUGGUCGGCUGCUACAACCUCUCCGUCAUGCCUGAAAAGCAAAGAAACAAGGUCCUCCUGGAAAGUGCCAAAUCGAAUCUGAAGCACAUGGCAUUCUUCGGCCUCACUGAGUUUCAGCGGAAGACCCAGUACCUGUUUGAGAAAACCUUCAACAUGAACUUUAUUUCGCCAUUUACCCAAUACAAUACCACUAGGGCCUCUAGCGUAGAGAUCAAUGAGGAAAUCCAAAAGCGGAUUGAGGGACUGAAUUUUCUGGAUAUGGAAUUGUACAGCUAUGCAAAAGACCUCUUUUUGCAAAGGUAUCAGUUUAUGAGGCAGAAGGAGCAUCAGGAAGCUAGGCAGAAGCGUCAGGAACAACGCAAAUUUCUGAAGGGGAGGUUCCUUCAGACCCAUUUCCAGAGUCAGGGCCAGAGCCAGAGCCAAAGCCACAGGCAGAAUCCGAGUCAGAAUCUGAGUCAGAACCCAAAUCUGAAUGCCAAUCAGAAUGUGACUCAGAAUCUGAUUCAGAAUCUGACCCAGAAUUCGAGCCAGAAGGAGAACCGUGAAAGCCACAAGCAGAACCCAGGUCAAGAGCAGAGCGAUGGCAGCGCCAGCAACAGCACCAAUGAUUACAUAGGCAGCGUAGAGAAAUGGCGUUAA